GCCAUUAUUGCGACAUCGGUGUACGUAAUGCCUUUAGCGAGAGUAGUUGGUUUAUAUUCCAGUACUAUGUUGUCGUUAGCAUGUAAGACAAGCCUAGGCUAUAAUAAUCCCGGAGAUCCAAUAUUUGAACCUGAACCUGGAACCCAGUAAAUUGAUUCUCGCAAUUGUUAGCGAGGAACUCUUAUCGUCGUUCACAGAUCCUGUCUCUUCCACGAUGGAUCUGUGCUGGUGCGACGUUCCAGGUUUAAGAGUUUAUGGCCAACUACGGAGUGGUUGGUGCUGAGAUCUGGAUUUCCGGUUAAGUUAAAAUCUUUCAUCUGAUGGACCUGGGCGUGGAAACCGGGUCAACAGAUGAAGGAAUAAUCCAUUACAACCCUGGAAGAUUUGCACGGUUUCGAAUCCAAAUUAUAUUUUUCAAUUUACAUUAUACUUACUGUAACAAGAAUGCCCGGUUAUGGUUCAAGAGAUCGUGGAGGUGACCGUGGUUACGGCAGCUAUGGAGGGGGACGUAGUAAUGGCUCUUAUGGAGGAGGAAACGAUCGCUGGGGAGGAAGGGGAGGUGGGGGAGGCGGAAGAGGAAGAUCGGAUCGAGGUGGGAAAUAUGACAACUCUGCUGGAAGCGGUCUCCGCAAGCCAAAGUGGGAUUGUGAAAAGUUAACUCCGUUUCAAAAAGAAUUUUAUCAAGAACAUCCAAGUACUGCAGGAAGACCAGUCCAUCAUGUUCAAGAAUAUUAUCAGAAGCAUGAGGUUACAGUUACUGGGUCAAACUUAAAGAAACCUGUGCUUUUCUUUCAUGAGGCAAGUUUUCCAGAUUACAUUAAUAAUCAGUUGCUGUCCAAUGGAUUUAAGGCACCAACUCCUAUACAAGCAAUUGGUUGGCCACAUGCACUUGGCGGUCAAGAUCUUGUUGGGAUUGCUCAAACUGGAUCUGGUAAAACACUCUCAUUUAUUUUGCCAGCUAUGAUUCACAUUAAUGCUCAGCCAUAUCUUGAAAGAGGAGAUGGUCCAAUUGCUCUUGUACUUUGCCCUACAAGGGAGUUGGCACAACAAGUUCAAGCAGUUGCAAAUGAUUAUGGGCAGCUUUGCCACAUUAGGAAUACCUGUGUAUAUGGUGGGGCAUCAAAAGCCCCUCAAAUUAGAGAUUUGGAGAGAGGUUGUGAAAUCGUGAUCGCUACACCAGGUCGCCUUAUUGAUUUUCUAGAAGCCCGCAAGACAAACCUUCGCAGAUGUACUUACUUGGUUCUUGAUGAAGCUGACAGAAUGUUGGACAUGGGUUUUGAACCACAAAUACGAAAAAUUAUUGAUCAGAUUCGUCCAGACAGACAAACACUGAUGUGGAGUGCAACAUGGCCAAAGGAAGUUCAAAAGCUCGCAAAUGAUUUUCUCAGAGAUAAUGUUCAUAUCCAAAUUGGAUCUGUGAAUAUUUCUGCGAAUCACAAUAUUCUACAAAUCGUUGAUGUUUGUACAGAAGAUGAAAAAUCCGAAAAGCUAAUGAGAUUGAUGGAAGAAAUAAUGGGAGAGGCAGAGAAUAAGACAAUCAUAUUCACAGAAACUAAGAGAAAAUGUGAUAUUCUCACUCGCAACAUGAGGCGUGAUGGUUGGCCUGCCAUGUGUAUUCAUGGUGACAAAUCCCAACCAGAGAGAGAUUGGGUUUUAAAUGAGUUUCGAACAGGAAAGUCUCCAAUUCUGGUUGCAACAGACGUGGCAUCACGUGGUCUUGAUGUUUCAGAUAUCAAAUUUGUCAUAAAUUUUGAUUUUCCAAAUCAAUGUGAAGAUUACAUUCAUCGAAUUGGGCGAACAGCAAGAGCGAAUCAAACUGGAACUGCAUACACAUUUUUCACACAAGCCAAUGCUAAGCAGUGCAAAGAUUUAAUUGAAAUCCUUAAGGAGGCAAAGCAGCAAAUUAACCCAAGGUUGAUGGAGUUGGCUCAAUCAUCAUGGGGAAAUUUCGGUAAGAAUCGCAGAGGUGGUGGCAGUAGUCGUGGAGGUUAUGGUUACGGAGGAGGCAGAAGCAAUGGUUUUGGUGGAGCUGGUGGACAACGUAGUAGUGGUGGCUACAACAACAGUGGUGCCUAUGGUGGAAAACCAGCUGGUGCAUAUGGGGGACAGCAAACAAAUGGUUACGCAAAACCACAACAAAAUUUUGGUAACAUGGCAGGUACACAGUUUAUGAUGAUGCCAGGAGGUCCAGUCCCAAUGUAAAAGAAACAUUCCUAACAAUGUAUUUUAAUCCACUAGUUUGUAAUGCUUGUGUAAAGUUGAGCACAAUCAUACUUGGAAGAAAGGCUAUUCUCUUCGUUUGCGCUGUAAUAUUUUCCAGUUACUACUACAUAAUACAGUCUGCUGCUUUAACCGAAACCAAGCUUGGUUGUUGGUAUGUAGCUUCAGCUUGUAUAUACCAUGUUAUUAGACCACUUUUGUUCUUGAUUUUAGCAUUAUUUAUCAACCACGAAUUUAGGCCAAUUUUCUUUAUUACUAAGUUAUCUAACCGAACUUGCUGAUUUUAGGCGUUAUGCCAGUGAGCUCGUAGCGUACCAUGUAAAAUAAAUUCUUUCAAAACAA